GGUCAGCAGGUGCAUUUGACUGCCCCCCGUGGGUACGAACGAGUAUCCAAUCUCGACAGCCGGCAACUGGAGAAGAAAGGGGCGCUGGGUGAGUGGUAUUCUAAUUGGGUUUCCAGGCACGCACCUCGGAUUGCUGGGCACUUGAUUUUACGAGCGGAUCCCAGGCCGUCGAUGCAGAAGAAGCCAUCAAAUAACUUUCAAUUAUGUGCGGCCCAUUAUGGCGGGUAUUAUGCGGGAAAUCGUCGCAAUGAGGAAUUCCUACUCCUCCCACAAAGAGAACAGCGUGCCCAUAAAACGUUCGCCUGACCCAAUAGACUUCGAGUAUCGGAAUAGAAUCAGAGGCCAGAAGCGCAGCUAGGGCCAUACCUGCACAAAGGUGAAACUCAGGUGGUCAACUUGCGCUUUCCAUGACUUUGACAACAAAGCGAAAUGGUCGCUAAAGCUCGAGCCCAAAGCGGUGGGCAGAAAAAGAGCGCCGUGCGUACCUGGCAUACGCAAUUCAAUUAGCAAAGUACCGUCGUAUAAAAACCAAGCGGUGCCCAUGCGACAUUUGCAUAACCCGCUGAGUGGCCAACGCGUGCGCACCACCUGACCACCGCACCACCUAACCAGAGAGAGAGUUGAGGACUAACCACCGUCGAAAGGAUGAAGAGCACCGCCGCUUGUCUGAUAGUCGCCCUUGCGGCGCUGUCCGCCGCCCACUCGGCCCCCACCGAAGGUCAGGUGGCGCCCCAGUCCGCCACCCAACUGGCCCUGGACAUGUACCACGGCUGCCUGAAGGACCUCAGUGUUUCCUGCGUGCGUCCCAAGGCUCUGCAGUGGUUCAACUCCGCCCUCCGGCAGCCGGAGGUGCGCAUCACCGAGCGCCUGUCGAUCGUCCGUACCGCGGAGAAGGUCGAGUCCCGAUCAAUGAACCCGGAGGAACGCCUCUUCGACGACAUCGAUAGCUACCUGGGCAGCCACUCGCUGAGGAUCCAGGCUCCGGAGUACUUCCGCACCUCGGAAGCCCGCUCCCUGGUGCCCGACUUCCUCAUGUCGAAUCCGCUCACUCAGGGAGGAUUAGUUCCACUGGCAGCUGCUAACGAAGGACGUGGCAUGAUCCGCAAGGCAGUUCUGCCCUUCCUUUUGGGCCUGAAACUGAAGACCACUGUGCUGGUGCCACUGGCCUUGGGACUCAUUGCCCUGAAGACCUGGAAGGCCAUGACCUUGGGCCUGCUCUCAUUGGUGCUGUCUGGAGCCUUGGUUAUUUUUAAGAUUGCCAAGCCCAAGAUCGUCAACUACGAGGUGGUGCACUAUCCCCAUCACGUGGAUCACGUGGUGCCGCAUCACAUUGAGCACGUUGUGCCCCACCACAUCGAGCACAUAGUGCCGCAUCACAUCGAUCAUCAUCUGGAGCACCACAUCGAUCACCACGUGGAUCUGCCCGUGGAGCACAUCGAGCACCUGGAGCACCCAUCGCCCGCCUGGGAUCCACAUGCCUGGGCCCGAUCCUCGCAAGAGCCGCAGGAUGCCCAGGACUUGGCCUACGCGGGUCAGAAGUGAACCCGAGUCUAGAGACCAAAACCCCCUUACGAAAUUCGGCCAAACUGCAACCUUAUUUAUUUCGUUCUAAGUUAAGUAGCUGAAACACACCGCUCUCGGCGUAUUGUUUAUUUAUUUAUUUAUUUAUUGAGAAGUGUACAAAGCAAAAAACCACAAAAAGAACCAAACCCCCAGGGCGUUUUAAAAGGUACUAAGUGGGAAUUAGCUCUGGUGUCCCUUUGUGUAAAUACUACUGCAAUAAAAACAUGCAAAAACGAUGUGCCUAAUUGA